GCCUCUUUGCCCAAGGACAGGCCUGGGCUGGGGACCCCCGCUGCUGCGUCUCCUUUCGUGCUUCCUCUCCUCUAACGGGGCCGGGGCCCGGCAGAGCCUGUUCGGGAUCGGGACUAGCAGCUGCCCUCCCGGCGGGCACGACAGGAAGUUUUACAUUCCCUCCACUUAGGGGAGAAGACGUGGAGAGUCUCUUCGCAGACCGGGAGAGAGGGGCGAGGAGUUCUCCCACGAAAAGCAUGGCAUCCUCAACCUCUGAAGAACAGGGGAGUGCCUCCAGCAACUUCCUCCCCCAGAAUUCCAGUAACUACAUAUCCUUGGACUUUGAACCCAACAUGGAAUACCAAUUUGUGGAACAAUUAGAAGAACGUUAUAAAUGUGCAUCAUGCCAUUCUGUUCUUCACAACCCACAUCAGACUGGCUGUGGACAUCGAUUCUGUGAGAACUGUGUCCUAUCCUUGAGAGAAUUAAAUGCAGUGUCCAUCUGUCCCGUAGACAAGGAGAUUAUCAAACCCCAGGAGGUGUUUAAAGAUAAUUGCUGCAAACGAGAAGUCCUCAACUUACAGGUUUUUUGCAAAAAUGCUCCCCAUUGUGCUGCCAGGAUGAUUCUGGGUCGAUUCCAGGAUCACCUUCUACAGUGUUUAUUUCAAUCUGUGCAAUGUUCUAAUGAGUGCUGUCAGGAAAGAGUCCUUCGAAAAGAUUUGAAAGACCAUUUGGGCUUACAUUGUCAGUUUCGAGAGGAAACAUGCCCAUAUUGCAAAAAGGAUAUAGUGGUAAUCAGUUUACAGAAUCACAAGGAAAAAUUUUGCCCUGACUACCCUGUAUCUUGUCCCAAUAACUGUUUACAAAUUAUUCCAAGAACUAAGGUUGAUGAGCAUAUUACUGUGUGUCCUGAGGUGGAACAAGAAUGCCCCUAUAAGCAUUAUGGUUGUCCUGUAAAGGAUAAAAGGGUAAAUCUUAAGGAACAUGAGAAUUCUGCUUUGAGAGAACACAUGCUCCUGGUUUUAGAAAAGAACUCCAGAUUAGAAGAACAGAUUUCUGACUUGCACAAGAACUUAGAAUUAAAAGAAAGUAAAAUUCAGCAAUUAAGUGAAACUGUGAAGAAAUUUGAAAAGGAGUUUAGGCAGUUUGUACAGCUGUUUGGCAAAAAUGUUAACUUGCUGGCAAGUACCCAGGUUCUUGCCAGUCACAUUGAUAAAUCUGCUUGGUUGGAAACACAAGUCAGGGAGUUACUAGAGGUGGCUAACCAGCAGCAAAACAAAUUUGAUCUAAGACCUUUGAUGAAUACAAUUGAUACUAUAAAGCAGAAGAUCACUUUGCUGGAAACCUAUGACCAGAGAUUGGUCACAUUGGAAGGCCAAACUAACAGACAUGAUGCCCACAUUAAUGUCCACAAAGCCCAGCUGAAUAAAAAUGAAGAGCGAUUUAAAAUGUUAGAAGGCACUUGUUAUAAUGGCAAAUUGAUAUGGAAGGUGACAGACUACAAGAUGAAAAAAAGAGAAGCAACAGAAGGGCGCACAGUGUCCAUAUUCAGCCAACCUUUCUACACCAGCCGCUGUGGCUACCGACUCUGUGCAAGAGCUUACUUGAAUGGGGAUGGGUCAGGGAAAGGGACACAUUUAUCACUGUAUUUUGUGGUGAUGAAAGGUGAAUUCGACUCAUUGUUGCAAUGGCCUUUCAAACAGAGAGUUACCAUGAUGCUUUUGGAUCAGAGUGGAAAAAAAAACCACAUUACAGAGAUCUUCAAGGCUGACCCCAAUAGCAGUAGCUUUAAAAGGCCUGAUGGAGAGAUGAACAUUGCAUCUGGUUGUCCUCGCUUUGUGGCACAUUCCACUCUGGAGAACACCAAGAACACCUACAUCAAAGAAGAUACCCUAUUUAUGAAAGUGGUUGUAGAUUUAUCUGAUCUUGAGGACCUGUAAAAAGUACCCAGAUUCAUUGUUGUUAUGAUGAAAGAAGCUCUUGGGUUGACAGUAGUGAAGGUCAGACUUAAUUGCCAUAGUGAACUGUAUUUCAACCCAUUACUAAGAUGUGUUUAGGUUUAAUAUUUUAAAGCUAUAUAAAAAUGCCAAAAUUCUAGCUUGUCUUUUCUUAUCAGUAGGCUGAAUGUAUGCCCUAUUUUGAUUGUUAGAAUACUUGCCCUGUUCUCUUUCAUAUUGUUGUAUAUCUUUUGAUGUAUAUACCUUUCUAUACAAUUAGAUUGUGGGUUCCUUGAGGGCAGGAACUUUUGUAUCUUUGUGUUUGUUGAUGGUGUUACUAAUGAUGAUGAUAAGAUAAAAAUAUGUCUCUAGACCUGACUUUGCAAAUGAAGAAAUGCGUUUCAUAGCACGUGAUUUUACUACAGGUCUAAGAUUUCUAACUAGGACCAGACCAUUUUGAACAAUGUGCUAAACCUAUGAUUACUUGAGCUCUAUUAAAAUUUUUGUGAAGCUCUUCAGUAAUCUAUAAGCAUAGUAGUAUAAACCUACUGGAAGAAAGGUAAAUAGAUUGAACAUUUGCCCUUCUUUCCCAGGGUGGAGCAAAGAGAUGCUGAAAAGCACAAAAAUAGGGUGAUACAGAAGUGUGUCCAGCUAAUAUUUAGCCUCUAUAAAAGAAAAAGGACUUUAUUAUUACCUUCAGUAAGAGAGUAAGAAUCUACAGGCUAGUAGGAUAAGAAACACUUUGGAACUCCCAACUGAAUUACUUGGGAGACUGGGAAAAUUUUGUAUGGUGAAGAAAAGAGUGAGGAUAAUGAUGGUCUGGUUAAAUGACAAAAGCCAGGGAUAAUCAAUGGGCAGUCCAUGUGUUCCACUGGCAUUCUCACAGUGUCAAGAGAAAGCCAGGGAGAUUCCCAGCAUAUUGAGUGGAAUUCUUUGUGGAGUACUUAUGGGUGGACAUGGACAGUAGUAUCAUAGGAUGGUAAGGCAUAGAUGGAUUGUAUGCCUCAUUAGAUGAGAUCAUAGAUCCAUUUGAGUAUUAUUGAAGAAAACUGAAUAAGGAGAUUCCAAAAGGGCUUGAAAAUGAAAGAUCAGUUACAUUUGGCCAUUGAAAUUGUUUUAAAGAUAGUAUACCUAUCAAAUACUAGUUUCAAAAAGUGAUACAUUUUUUGAGAGGACUGUGGAAUUCAAAGUGUGGUAUAAUGGCUAUUGUAUUGGACUUGGAGUCAGGAAAAUCUAAGUUCAAAUACCAACUCUAACACUUAUCAGCUAUGCAACUAUGGGCAAAUCAUUUAAUUUUUAUGAGCUUCAGUUUCCUCAUCUGCAAAAUGGGGGUGAUACCUGUAGUACCUACCUCAUAGGCUUGUUAGGAGGUGGAAAUGAUAUAUAUCAAGUGUUUGACACACUUUGAAAUGUUACAUAGAUGUAGGAAUGAAUAAAACUUAUUUGCAUCAUCCUUAAUUAUUUCAGACAUAUUACUGACAGGAACUUUGUGUAGAAUGGAAAGAAUAAAGUUCCCAUGCACAUGUGUAGUUCUAAGAGUAUGGAUACAAAUCUGGAUAUAGUGGAAAGAGUAUUUAUUCCUUCUGCCAAAGAAUGACACUUUGGUAGACUGCAAUAUUCGCUAUAACCUUGUUGUCAUAUGCAAUAUUUUCUUAUGUUAUUUAAAAAUCUGUUUGUUUUUACAAGUGCAUGCAAAGGACAAUAUUGCAUGCAAAAGAUAGUUUAUUAAUAUUAGAAGGUAAAUAUCUUAGUGGUAUAAAGGUAAUAAUGGCCUACUAAAUAAUAACUGCAAUAUCAACUUUAAAGAAUAUCAACUGUGCAAAUAUCUUCUGAGACUGAUGGAAAACAUUGUCACUUCCUGUAAAACAUUAAGAUGUUGAGAUGAGUUAUAAAGCAGUUUUCAGAAGGGGUCAAACUAUUUAUAAAGACAUAUGGAAACAACAGCCUUUCACUGAAGAAUCCCUCUGUAACUUCUGGUGAAUUUUGUUGUGUUUGUGGAUUUAUAAUGUGAACAGAUGCUCUCAGACAGACUUUGAAAGCAUUUUGCUAUUUUUCAUUCGUAUUAAGCCCAGGUGGCUACAAUUAUUUAUGAUGAUUUUCAGUGUUUUUUUUUUUUAUCACUUUUUUAGGCCACAGUUGUCUGUUCUGAAGGAUCACAAAAACAUGUUUAUAACGGGUUUAGUGGAAAGUAAAAAACUUUAGUGUUGACAAAAAGCUCUUAUUUUCAUCAAACUAUGUUUAAAAGGUCUGAUUUUGAACUGAUUUGUUUAUUGGUUCAAACUGCCAUUAAUCAAUGAUUAAAAUAUAAAAAGAAUUGUAGAAAACAUUUUUGUUGACAAAAUAAAAGU